UACUAACAUAUAUAUAUAUAUACAUGUCACUCCCCGCUUCAGAUAGUUGUUAGGGUUUCAGUGUCUAAUUCCUUCAUCGCUUUCAUUUCACAGCCAUGGUUUCUGAAUUCGUGAUCAAGGCGAAAUUUGGAGAUUGCUUCAGGCGGUUCAGUGUGCCUGUCAAUGAGAAUAAUCAAAUGGAAAUUAGCAUGGUUGAUUUCAGGGCUAAGAUAUGUUCUGCUUUCAAUUUUACUGCUAAUGCAAAAUUCAUUAUGAGCUAUGUUGAUGAAGAUGGCGACAUUGUGCGUCUUGUGGAUAAUGAUGAUUUGGAAGACGUGAUGAAACAGCGAAUGGAAUUCCUGAAAAUUGAUAUAACCGGGAAUGGAAUCCUUCCGUUGGAAUUCUCUCAAUGGCGAAAUAACAUCAAUAAUAACAUCAAUAAAUAUGCUGGUAAAAUAGAUUGGACCGAUGAAAUAGUAUGUUAUGGAGCUGCUGCUUUUGUGAUGUGGGCUGGGUUGUGUUCAGCGAUUAUUUUCUCUAAACCAAAAUCUCAACCCCCAGUUAUUGUCGAGGUACCGGUUCAACCAAGUGCCCCAAAUGUUAGUAAAGGUGGUUGGUGGUUUAGAUAGGGUCUAUCAAGUCUAUGAAGAAUGUGUUGCAGUUUCCACCCAGUCGAUCAUCCUUUCAGAGAGUGCGUUGGUUUGAAAGUUGCAAUAAAAAACUAUUAGAAAAAAUUGUUUAGGAGGUUAUUGAUUCCUUUGAAUUUGUCUUAGUUUUUAAGUUUGAAUGUUCUUGUGUUUUGACACAGCAAACAUAUCUUUGUUUUAAUAUUAUUAUUGUGUGUUUUAU